AUGACAAAUGAAACUGAAGAAGGUAAACCAAGAGUUCGUGGUGCAUCUUUCUCACUAGAACCAGUCGACGAGGAACCUGCAACUAAUACAACUAUCGCUGAAUUAGUUCAGAAUAGUACAUUGUUAAACCACCAUGCGUCUCCUCAUCCUCAUACAUCGAUAAAUAAAACUCAACAACGUAGCCGUCGUCGAAGUAGUGUAUCUAUUCUUCAAGCACUUGCUCAAGCUCAAUUACUUGCUACGCAUGAUGCUCGAAAACGAAAUUUUCUUGUUGGAUCUGGGCGACAAGUACCAGAGAAUGUUAUGAAUGAUAUUUCUUCGUGCUUUCCAAAUGGACGACUACUAACAAUAAUGGUAGCAACAUGGAAUACAGGCGAAGCAUCAGAAUUAUAUGAGCAGAAUUUUACACCGACAGCUCGUAACACAGCUAAACCAAAAGAACGUAUGCUUGAUGAUAUGUGUGAUAUAUUAUUGCCGACAUUUCUUGAUUAUGUUUCUGAUUUAAUCGUUAUUUGCACGCAAGAAACGUCUGUAACAAAAAAUAAAACCGAUUGGGAAGUUUUACUUCAAGAAGUAAUUGGCCCAGUUCAUGUGCUAUUUCAUUCGCUUCAAUUUGGUACUUUAUCAUUAUGUAUAUUUUUACGGCGAGAUCUGAUUUGGUAUUGUACUGAACCUGAAGAAGAUAUCAUCAAAUUUCGAGCUGUUGGUCCUUUUCGUACAAAAGCUUCAUUAGUUAUAACUUUUAAUCUUUUUGGUACCUCAUUUAUGAUAAUUAAUUCACAUUUUGAAGCUGGUGAAAAUCAAGAACAUCGAUUAAGCCGACAAUUAAACUUUCAAAAUACAUUAGGAAAAUUAUCUAUACCACAUGAGUUUGUUCAAAGAAGUCUUUUGCCAAGUCGAUCUCUGGCAAAUUUUCCAAUUGCAGAAAGUUUGAAGCACGUUGAUUCAACAACAUCACUUGAUUCUGCUCUAUCUACAGACGUAGAUGGCGCACAAGCAUGCGAUUGUCUCAUAUGGGCAGGUGAUAUGAAUUUUCGAGUUGAUAUGCCAAAUCAAGAAGUAUUAGCCCUUUGCGAAGAAAACAAUUACGCUGAGAUUUUACGGAAAGAUGAAUUCCGUAUGUUACAACAGAAAGCAGGUGAUCGGUAUUUUGGCUUUAAAGAAGCGGAGAUUACUUUUCCUCCGACAUAUAAGUUUGAUUUACACUGCCAUGACGAUACUUACGCUAAAAAUCGAACACCAUCUUAUACAGACCGUAUUAUCUAUCGUGAUAAACCAACAUCACAAAUUCAAUGUACACAAUAUCAAUCUGUUCAGAAUGUAAAACAUUCUGAUCAUAAACCUGUUGUUGCUCAUUUUAAUCUUAAACUUAAACCUGGUUUGCAUAAAGGAAAUCUAGCCUAUGGAAAAUUCGAUCAUGAAGUUUACAAGCGUGGUUGUGAACAACGUGAACGACAUCACUCAUUAGGUGUCGGCAUAGUAAAUGAUGCGAAACGUCGAACAGCUAAUUCUAAAAGUUCUGUUUGUGUUCUUCAAUGA